AUGAACACUGCCUCAGCUUCAGAAAGUGGAUCAUAUUCCACAAACCACCCAGGACCCUUUAUUUAUGCUCAGUCAUCAGCUCAACAGCCUUAUCCAAAUCCAUGGUGCCUCAGUUAUGCAUACAGUCCAUACUGCGUACCUGCUCCAGGCUUUCGAAGUGGAAAUCCAUAUUUUCCAUUUUAUUCUGUUGCGCUCCAUGAGUACCCUAGAUUUUUUGUCCCACAGCAUCCAGUGCAUGCAAGAAUUAACAGAAGGCCUUAUUUUAAUGCUGCCCCACCUUCCCCUAUGUUUUAUCAUGCAACAAGAUUUAGACAUUAUAAUAGCCCUGGGAAGAAAAUGGAGACAAAAGAAACACAGACUGAUCCUAGACAGCCUGAAAGCAAGCAAAAAAGGCAUCAAGAUAUCCAUACAGAAACGAAAGGUUGUGAUGCAGGAAAUACAGCCUGUGUUUCUCCUGGUAUAGGUACAGAGACUGAAAGUACUUCAGAGAAGCAAAAUUCGUUUGGCUCUCCUAUUGUGGUAGACAGAGAGUUUCAUAAUAAGAACCCUGCCAGCUCUACACAGUAUAGAAAUCUUCCUACUGGAAGCUAUGCCUUUGAGAAGGAAGAAGUGAGGAUAGAAUAUGGGAAUGGAUCUCCAGCUAUUCAGCUGUGGAAGUCCUUUAAAGAAACAAUCCCAUUGUACGAUGUGGCAAGUGGUAAACCAGUUCCAGAGAACAUAGUGCCACAUGACUUAUUUUCUGUUAGCUCAUGUGAAGGCAUGAUAUAUGGCCCUCAUCAAGGGGAAAAUAUGCUGCCAGGAGCUUCCUUAGAUGAGAGAAAAGCUGUUGUCCCCUCCAAACAGGGUGCUGAAGCUGUGCAAGAGAAAGAUGUCCAAAAUAAUGAAGUGAAGCUGGAUGCAGAAAAGAUGGCAAAACCCUCCCCAGGUGAAACCAUGGCAGUGCAAAUCACAGAGCUGGCAAGAUCUGUUGGUGUAGAUCAACCAGUGGUAAUAGCUAAGAAAUCCAGCACUAAAAGGUCUGCAGGAUCAAAAACUUCUCAAGAAGAGCCCAGCUUUAUUCAACAAGCAGGACUGCUUCCAUCUAAUAUGGAGGUAAUGAGUGACUUUCAGCAGAAAAAGCUGAAUUUAAGCCACAGUGCAACCAAUGAGAGUCAGACAGAAAAAGGUAUUUGGUGUGACAAAUCAAUUGAGAAGUUUGCUCCCUCUAGCAGCUGGCUGGCUUGUUUGGACAGUAUGGACACAAACUACAAUGCUUGUUUGCCACAAAGGAAGCGUCAAAGUGUAAUCAGUCUGUCUUCUGAUGACAUGUCCUCUGGAGAGGAAGGCUCAUCAACUGAUAAUGCCCCAGUGUCUUAUUUUGUGCCUGACUAUGUGCUUCAGAAAAGCAUGUAUACUCUUCAGAAAAGUACAGAGGGCUUAGAGCAAACUAAGAGUGGUGGAUCCCCAAAUGUAGAUGAAGUGGUAGGAAAGGAGCAAGUGAACAGCCUGAAUGACCAAGACGUCAACUCUUCAAACACAAAGCUCAAAGAGACUUCCAGUAAAGGUAGGAAGUUGGGAGCCCUUUCUAGGUCCUCUAGUAGGAAAGAAGUUGAUUCUCCCAACAAAAAAGCAACUAAGAGUUUGUCAGAAGUUGAGGACUCUGAAGAAUAUUCUGUGAAGGGAGAAGAGGAAGAUGAAGAUGGAGAGGAUGAGUAUGAGGAGGAUGAUGAUGACGACAUGGAUGAAAUUGAGUAUUUCUUUCAAGAAGCCCCUCCAUACGGCAUCUUGAGGCCAAGUAAAGGAAACUUCUACCAAGUUGGCCAGAGGGUGCUUUGGAAACCACCCACAAAUGCUGUACCAGCACAAUUAAUUAGCUGGCCUGCUCAAGAGAAAAUAAAACCUAGGAGCGGGCUUGUUGAAAACAUUGGUGUAAUUUACAAGCCAAAGAAGAGAGAACAAGAUGAAGCUGUAUACAGUGACUAUGGGUAUUAUGGAAGAAAGAGGCCUAUGACAAGAAGAGAAGGACUUGAACACCAGCGAAUGCUACGGAAAUUCUUGAGAGGAAGGCUGUUAAGAGAGAACAUGGGGAUACCACCUGAAGAGUACUGGAUUAGAAGUGGUGCUAAACCCAGAUUUACCAGCCUAAUAUGUGGUAGUGUCUCACCUCCAGCACGGAGCAAAGAACAAGUGUGCCCACUUUUGGUUAAACCGAAGAAGAAAAGAAUGGUCAAGCCACCUUCAAAACGCAGAGACAUGAGACGUGAGGUGGAAGAAGUAGAAAUGUGGGAGCUGCCUAAACACAGUGUACACAAAGGGCAUGGAACUAGGAAGUCCCUCUCUAAGAAAAGAUAAUUGCAAAUAUUGGGGCAGAAGUGUGGGGGGAGAAUAACAAAGUUUUUUUGUAUAAAUCCGAGAUUUGAUUAUUACUCUCUUGUAUAUUUUGUAAGUUGCUGUUCACUUUAAAAGGGCAAGAAGUGACACUGAAGACUGAGGACACAAUUAAAAUGGAAUUAAGUAUUUAACACCAGUCACCUUUUUAUAACUAGCACAUCCACUAUUUAAAUAAUAAAUUUCAUAGAAUUGCACUUUGAGACUUCUUGUGUUCCAUCUUUACACAGUAGCAAAAAAACUUGAGAUGGCCAUGUAUGUGUACAACUGCUAUUACAGCAUGACAGUUAUUGCUGCCCUGUCCUUAAACUCUGCAGGUCUGUGAAGCCUGUCCAUGUUAUCUCAUAGUCAUAUGAUCUGGACAUAAGUACAAGAUCCUUUCCUAUCAGAUGGAUUUGUUUUUGUCAAAAUGUAAAGGAACAUAGUUACAGCUGUAUGAAGUCAAGCGCUGUUUUAAACUUUCAAGGCAGUUUCUCAGAUCUUACUCUCAUGAUUGAGGACUAAAACUAAAGCAUUGAGUUGAUGUGAUGCUUUCCUCUCCUCCCCUUUGGAGAUUUGAGUCCUUUAUAGAAACCCUGAGCUGGAGAUAUGGAUCUGAAAGGUGAAACAGGAGUUUUUAGUACUGUGCCCUGUUUUCUGACUUCUUACUGAUGACUUCUAUGACUUACAGCUGAUACUGUCCCUGGAAGUCUCCUUACAGAGCUAAGGCGAUAAAAUUAGGUCUGUGCUGAGCUGUCUCAGGAAUAAUGGUAACAGACUGAUCUAGAUGAGGUGGAUAGCUCAAAAAUAUGUAAUUUUUUUCCAUGUCUAUGAAGGCUAUUAUUACUGUGUGAGAAGAAUAAAUAUGAUAUUGCCAGUCUUGAAUGAUUUGCAAAUAAAGCGAUAGUGCCAGUGAAGAAAACAGGGAAACAAAAAAAAACCCCAACAAAACAAACAUCUGGUUUUCCUUAGAAAAGGGUGGGGCGAAUGGACAGAGAGAACUUGUCUUUUGCCUCUUCUCCCAUGUCCUUAUUCUGUCUGUGUCCUAGAGUAAGCUACGUGGAUAAAAGCAGCAUUUCCUGUGACAAUUCAGGUUUUGUGCCUACCUAUUACUAGUUUGACCUGUAACUGAAUUUUUGCUGUUCUCUGUCUUAGUGAGGAGUACUGAUAUUUCCCUACCCAACUGAUCCUAUCUCUCUUAUUUUUAAUACCACCUGGUUAACUGUUAAAGCCCUGCUAUAACUACAGCCUUUACCACAAGCUGUUAGAGGAAAGAAGUCAUUGUGAUGACAAAUUUUCAAUUCCUUUUUACUUCAAGCAAUGAAAGAAAAUAAAUGCAUUAAAAAUUCUUAUUUGGCUUCUGUGCUGCACAAAAUCUCUGCAACAGAACAUCAAAGAAUAAAAUGAGGAAUUCAAGCACGGAGCUAUUUAACACCCAUUUCUGCUAAUAGCCUUACCUGUAUCUUUUGCUGCUUAUCUUAUAAAGGAAUAUUCAUGACCUCACAAUCAGAUGGCAUUCUUAUUUUUGGGAAUGGGUAAUACCUGACAGGUACUCCGAUUGAUCAUGUUGGUCAUCCUUUCACAGGUCUUGCACUACUCAGUGUGAUUUCUACUCAUAUGCAAGAAACAAUUUAGGGCCUGGUGAUGCUCCUGAGAGGAUGAGACGGAGUAGCAGUAGGAGAAUGUACACAGCUUUGUCUGAAAACAAAUGCUAUUUUAAACUGGUUAUAUCUUGUACUAUACCUGUGCUAUGCCAAAUACUUAGAAGUAGUAUGCUUGACUGCUCCAGUGUUCAAGAAAUAAUUAUUUGAUAAGGUUAUAUGCAGUGUAGUCUAUUCUAAAGUACUAGUCCUGUGACCUUAGAACUAAAUCUUCUACUCAGCUUUUUUUUCCAUUCAGCAGCAUGGUCAAUUUGUGGAUUGCAUCUUAACUGGCUUACAGCUGAAACUAAUGUUCCAGUGAGUCAAAAGGCCAUGCUUCACAAAGGCAGUGAAGUACAAACUACAUUUAAAAGGCUGGGAGUUGAAGCCUAGGCUCUUGUUUAUUCAGCCAGGUAACUAAGGCACAGUGAUAUUUAGUUUUGCAGAUGCACAUACGUGUCAGCUUUUGUUCCCACUGCAGCCAGACUGACUGCCCAGUGACUCACUGCAGAGCUGGCAGUACUGUGAAUUUGUAACUGUCGCAGUACUGCAUUGCCUUGGAAGUUUUCACAUGCUUCCUGCAGCAUCUCCUGAAAGGCAGCUGAAGAAUCUAUUUGCUCCUUGGCGCAUCAGCAACAAACCUUAGAGGCCUCUGGGAUUGCCAUACUGAGAGCAUUGUUUGGACAGACUUGCUGUCUGUGGCUCAGGAUUUCUAAAUCAUUAUUUGUAGCUAAGUGAAACUGCUGUUACAAAGUGGGUGUGGUGUAAUUACUGAUGUGGAGCUCUGGGUUCUGUUGGCUUGCCAGGUAUUACUUCUGUAUUUUAAUUUUCAGUUUGGUAGCACCUGGAUGGCAUAAAUUUUUUUCCCUUUUACAAUGUCUGGUGUUCUGCCUUAUACUGGAAAACAUUAACCACAGAUCUUUCUAUUAAAAUCAAACAAAGGCAGAACAGAGCCAAUGGCAAAAAAAAACCCCAAACCCCAAAAGCCUAUAACACUCAUGGCAUGCCAACUGAAGGCAUACCAAGGAAAAACAAAUUCAUUCUUUUUUUAGAGUACUUAGUUUCCCCUGACUUGCUGCCACUGACUGUCUCACUCAAAAGACUAUAAACCCCACAUAAUUGAAUGGCCAAAGAAAUAAGGAAAAUAUCAGUAUUUUACCUGAAAUAAUCUUUCUUACAAAAAUGAUGCAGAGUAUUAAGAUAAAAGACCUGGGAAGCUGUAUUGCCUUUGAGGGUUGUUUUAGCUGCAUUCAACACUUACUUAGUUUUGUGGGACUAUAGAAUUGUGUUAGUACUAUCACUUGGGCUUCAGCAGAACAUUCAAAUGGAAAUACAUAUCUAAAAAGAAGGCCAGAAAAAAAAUUUUUGAACAAAAACAUUAAAUGGCUAUGAUUUUAAAAAUAAGGCUAGUCAGUUUUUCAAGACUGUAACUUUCUACCCUGCUUUCUGGGUUUACUUCAACAUAGAACUGUUUUUCAUUAAUCUAAAGGGGUGUUGGUAUUUAUCUCUAGUCUACAUAUUUUUAAAAGACUUAUCUUAAAUGACAGCUUUGGCACUGUUUAAAAUGCCAAAUGAUGAUGUGAAUCAUGCUUCUCAGCACACUGGCCCUGGCUGUUGAAAGAGCUCCUAUAAAUCUUAAGUCUUUUGGAACUGCUAAAUUUUGAAAUGCUACUUUUAUGAGUUGCAGUGAAGACCUACAUGGGAUAUGAUACAGGCUUAUAAAACUGGAAAUGAUAUAGGGAGAACAAACAGGAAUCAGUUACUCACAAAUCCUCCAGUGUAAGAUUAAAGGUGUGUGAAAUUAAACUAGUACAAAGCAGUGUGAAAGCCAAUUGCUAUUGAUAAAUAAAUAAUGAGGAAGGAAAGGAAAUUUCCAUUGCUAAGGAAAAUGGCAAAGUUUAUAAGCAGUGAGUGGAUAUAAAAGAAAAUAUAUAUCCAAGGCCACUAAAUACUAAAAUCUAACCCAUGAUUCUAAGUACCUGCACCAUAGGUACUCUCAGCAGUGGAGGGUAAGAGAGUAUUUCAGUGAAGUAACAGAAAUAAUAGCAGAAUUUGCACUGCUCUGCUGUGGAGGUGUGUUCUAUAAACUCUGAUUGGAAAGAUACUGAUAUAACAGACCUUUAGUCAGGCAUAGAGAAGUUAUUUGGAAUCUCAAACAUUUAAAUUAGAUUUGAUACAAGUUAGAAAUGGUCUCCUAAUGUAUUUUCUUAAUUGUUGAAAUAAUAAACCCUGACUGAUACAAAGUGAGAAUUCCAUUAACAAGGAAGGGGAUUGCAAAGGAAAAUCUGAAUUUGUUUUUAAUAAACUAAGCUUCAGAACAAUCUUAAAUGACAAAAGCUGAAGUAGCUGAAGAGAUCUUAAGUUAGCCCUGCUCUAGACAAUCCUGAGUAAGAGUUCUCUUGGACUGCAUCAGGUCAAUAUCAGGCUUCUAGCAUCUGUUUAAUAAUCUAUAAAUGCAUUAAUCUCAGCCCCAAGUGUGGCAAUACAAGAAUCCUAGAAUGGUUUGAGUUGGAAGGGGCUGUAAAGUUCAUCUAGUUUUAACCCUCUGCCACACACAGGACCACCUCCCACUAGACCAGGUUGCUCAGGUCCCUGUCCAACCUGGUCAAGAGAAUCAGUUCAUUACAGAUAUCCCCAUGCUAUUUCAGCUGUUAAAUCUUUUUCUGGUGAAAGAAUAAGGGCCUUAGGAUUUGAUGAUGCUGCUGACACAGGGAACUACCAUGAGUCACCAGUAAAUCCCAUCACAAGGAGAUUUGCUAAAUACAAGAGAAAAUACAACUCUACCUUCAAGGUCUGGGAAUAUGAUACAGAAACUUCUUGUAAGUAGGCCUUGCUUAUCUUGUUUUUCCUCAGACCAUAUUGUGAAUGACUGGCAAGGAAUGGGGGGUUAUUUUUACUAAACCACUCUAAGACAUGUAGGAGGGAGAAAAAACAUUUUAAUUUAUACUUUCCCUUGUCCUCUCUUCCAAAGCUUUGAAGAAAAUAAAAGAAUAUCUUAGCUGCAUUGUACUCUAUGGUUCUUUAAUUUCACUGUUAAUGUUCACGCCACUGUAUUAGAGCUGUAUCAUGUGGGGUUUUUUUUCCCAACCUUAGCAUACCCACAGAGACUACAUUCUAUAGAAGUUCUUUCAAAACAAAUCUAGUUUUUUCUUUCCUUUCGCACAGUAC